CCAAAUUGGAUUGACGAAUCAUCUUUUUCUCUUUCUUGUUUUUGCUGUUCGCUGAUCGAAGCAAAAAAAUUUGCCGCUUUUCUCAUCUUUUGACUGUAAAUCAAGGUUCCAAUCAUCAAGUUUCCCAGGAGAUAAGGGAGCCUUUGCUGAAUUCCAACUUGGAAGUGAUUUUUUCAUCGCAAAUAUAUUGUAACUGUCCAUUAUGGCAUCUUCCUCUGCAUCUCGAAAAGGAAAGUAUGAUGUGUUUCUUAGCUUUAGAGGAGAGGAUACCCGUGACAAUUUUACUAGCCAUCUCUAUGAUGCUUUAUGUUGUAAAAAAAUCAAGACCUUCAUAGACAAUGACCUUGAAAGAGGGGAAGAAAUAACACCAGGCCUUUUGAGAACAAUUGAAGAAUCAAUGAUUUCUGUAAUCAUUUUCUCCAAAAAUUAUGCAUCUUCUCCAUGGUGCUUGGAUGAAAUGGUGAAGAUACUUGAAUGCUAGGAAAUUUAUGGUCAGAUGCUUUUACCAAUUUUUUACCACAUAGAUCCAUCUGAUGUUGAAAGACAAAGUGGCAGUUUUGCAGAGGCAUUUAUUGAGCUUGAGAAGAACUUCAAGGAGAAAAUGGAAAGGAUGCCCCGUUGGAGGGCUGACUUGAUGAAAGUUGCUAGUAUAUCAGGAUGGGAUUCCCAAGUGAUAAGGUCUGAGGCAAAACUUGUGAAAGAAAUUGUGCAACAUAUUUUGAGAAAAUUGAAUUAUGCAUCGUCAGGAGAUUCAAAGGGUCUGAUUGAAACAGACUUACACAUUAGGCUGAUUAAAAAUUUGUUACGCGUUGGGUUGACAAGUGUUUGUCUUGUAGGAAUUUGGGGUAUGGCUGGCAUAGGUAAAACAACUAUUGCUAGAGCUAUUUUCAACGCUCUCUUAAAUCAAUUUGAAGCUUGCAUUUUUCUUGAGAAUAUAAGGGAAGAAUCAAAACAAUUUGGGGGGCUAUGUCAUUUAAGAGAAAAGAUUCUUUUUGAAUUGUUAGAGGAGGAAAAUCUACAUAUUGUCACUCUCAAUGUAGAAUCUAUCUCCAUUAAGGAUAGUAUUCGCAACAAAAGGGUCUUGCUUGUCCUUGAUGAUUUGAAUGAUGUGGAUCAGCUAGAAGUCCUGAUUGGAAGAUGUGAUUUUGCUUUGGGAAGUAGAAUUAUUGUGACAUCUAGAGAUAGGCAUGUUCUUAAGAAUGGAGUUGAUGAAAUAUAUGAAGUUGAGGGAUUAAAUGAUGAUGAAGCUCUUCAACUUUUCAGUUUGAAUGCUUUUAAGAAAAAUUAUCCCACUUCUGAUAGAUUGGAGCUAUCAAAUAGGGUGGUGAACUAUGCUCAAGGAAACCCCUUGGCACUUAAAGUUUUGGGUUCUUUCCUGUUUGACAGAAGGAGAGAAGAUUGGGAAAGCACAUUGGAUAAACUUGGAAGAAUUCCUCAGCCUAAAAUUUUUCACAUGUUGAGAAUAAGUUUUGAUGUGCUAGAUGACGAAGAGAAAAAUAUAUUUCUUGAUAUUGCAUGUUUUUUCAAGGGGCAACAAAUUGAUUAUAAGAGAAUACUAGAUGGUUGUGGUUUCUCAGCAGGCAUUGGAAUUAGUGCUCUUGUUGACAAAUGCCUUAUUACCUUCCUAGGAAACAAGUUGGAGAUGCAUAACUUGCUGCAAGAGUUGGCUCAUGAAAUUGUUCGCCAAGAAUCUGUUAAAGAGCUGGGCAAGUGCAGUAGAUUGUGGAGUCCUACUGAUGUUUAUCAAGUGUUGACCAAAAAUCUAGGAUCUAAAAAGGUUGAGGGAAUAUUCUUAGAAACAACUAAAAUUGGAGAAAUGUACUUGAGUUCCAAAGCCUUCAUGAGGAUGUAUAACCUUAAACUGCUGAAAAUCCAUAAUUCCAUAGUUGGAAAGAACUGUAAAGUGCAUCUGCCUUGUGGCCUUGAGUUUCUUUCUGAUGAGUUGAGGUAUCUUCAUUGGGAGAUACCUCUGAGCUCUCUGCUAUCCAAUUUUCAAGCAGAGAAACUUGUUGAACUGAACUUGCCUAACAGCUGUGUUAAACAACUAUGGACAGGAGUACAGCUUAUUGUCUCUGGCUGCUCAAGUAUAAACAAGUUUCCAGAGGUUUCAAAGAGCAUAAGGAAGUUGUUCUUAGAUGGGACAGCAAUAGAGGAAAUUCCAUCAUCAAUUGAGUAUCGCUUUGAACUUGUUGAAUUGAGCCUGCAAAACUGCAAAAAGUUUGUUCUUCCAAGUUGUAUUUGUAAGUUGAAAUCUUUGCAAAAGCUCACAUUAAGAUGCCUUUAUUUAGGUGGAACAGCCAUAAGAGAGUUACCAUCACCCAUCGAAAAUUUGAAGGCACUUUCCAGCUUGGAAUUGAGGAACUGCAAAAGAAUUCGGGGAUUGCCAGUGUUGAUCUCAAUUGUUCAUAAUUCAGGUUCACAUUUACAAUUCUUGCGGAAGCUAUAUCUAACUGGUUGCAGGAUGUGCCACAUACCUGACUGCAUCGGCUACUUAUUCUCUCUAGAAGCUUUAGAUCUAAGUGGAAACUCUUUUAAUCGGAUACCUGCUAGCAUCAGAAUGCUCACGGAGCUGCAAUAUCUCGGUUUAAGGGAUUGCGAGUUGCUACUAUCAAUAAGAGCACUUCCACACCAGUUGACAAAAUUAGAUGCAUACAACUGUUUCUCACUCCGAUAUGUGUCAAUUGACUCGACUAUAGUUGAGGGAAACAUUUUUGAAUUCCUUUUCACUAAUUGCAGAAACUUGCACGGGACUGCUAGGCACAACAUCAUGACAUAUGCGCUAACAAAAUUUCAGCUUUAUUCAAAAAGAUUGCACAAUCAGAUGCCUUACGUGCGAGCAGGGGAAUCUGGUUUUGCUUCCCUGGAAGCAGUAUUCCAAAGUGGUUCAGCCAUCAAAGUGGGGGAUUAUCCAUGGCAAUCCACCUGUCUCCAUAUUGGGCUAAUAGUGAGUUCUUAGGUUUUGCCCUGUGUGCUGUUAUUACUUUUAACAACUAGAACAUGAAUGACUUUGGUUUCCAAGUUAAAUGCAGAUAUCUCUUCAGAAAUGAUUAUUAUGACUGCAAAGAUCUCCAUUGCUAUUUUGGUGGUUGGUAUGGUCGUAAAACUGCUAGGAAUUAUUGGGAGGGAGAGGAUAGUGAAACAGCUCAUACAUUCUUUGGGUAUGAUCCCUUUGUGGAUGUCACAAAAGAUGAUUGGUUCGUCAAAUACAGUAAGCUUCUUGUGGAAUUCUAGCCUGAAGAUAUGAACGGUUAUCCUUUACGUUGUUCUAACGUUAUCAGUUGUGGGGUUGGUAUGCUAUAUUUUCAAGAGGAAAGAUUCUGUCAAUGUCCUUUCAUCCAUCAACAAGUUGAGGAAGCAUUAUCAAAAACUGAGGGUCAAAUGUGUUACGGUGAGGAAUAUAUGGGAGCUACUGUUACUGGGUUAAAAUUCAGUGAGUUGAAAUUGGAUGUAUCUAGAUAUCGUCAAUUUGGGUGCUUCGAUUUGAUUGACCAGAAAGAGCUUGACCUUCUUACCUCGGAGAUCAUCAUAGAUAAGUCUCAGAAACACCAGAAUAUGCAUGACCUUGUUGGCCUACUUUAAAAAGGUCAAUGAAUGAGUUUAUUAAAAGUUAGUAAACUCAACAAUCAUGUCACAAUUUUUGAAUUAUGAAAAAUGAAUUGGAAUGUGACCAAUAGCGCACUAUUUUUAAGUAUAAUGUACUGAAAAUUUUCUGCGUUGCAAAUAAAAAAUUUCUCUCAUUGUGAUGAAAGGGAGAAACUUUCCUAGAUUUAUUUCAUUAUAAACUCAAUACACAAAUAUGUAGAUUUCAAUUUCAUCAUUUAUAUUGUCUUUGAAUUAACGAUGAAUGAGAUUUAGGGAAGAAUUUUCCAAGACUUUAGAAAAGCUGAUGUCUCUCUUUGCCUUUUGUAUUUUUGCUGCUGGUGUCAGUACCUCCCUUGACACGUGGGUGUCAUCUUGGUGCCUGCAGUUUUAUGGUUUGGUGAUCAA